CUCCGUAGCAGACGUACCUAUGCUGUACCUACCGUAUACCUACUCCGUAUUUCUGAUCCUGGUAUUUUGGGAUGGGAUGGUCUGACGAGACCUUCUUCUAGUACCAGCCUGGGAAACAGCGGCUUCAUCCUCACUAGCAGAUUCUGGCUCAAGAACGCCCUCCGUGAGGUUGAGAGGUUCAGUUGCUUCAUCAUCAUCAGACAUAACCUCGACUGUUGGCUGAGCUGAGGGCUCUUCACUGCCUAUGUCCUUGGGGUCAUCAGCGACAUACUGCAAGGGGACAAUGACGGGGUCUGCUGCAGGGGUGGUAUUGUCAGCCAUGAGAGGCUGCCUUCUCUCUACAGUUAGCUAACUUGAGACUUUGCUAUGCCUUUUCAAGCUGAAAGCCACCUUGCCCAUGCCUAGGUUAGAGUGCACAUAGCCUAACAAACCACUUCUCGCGUUGAGGCACCGUGCGGGAAAGGGUGUUGAAAGAGCGAUGCGGGCAAUGCGCGCUCUCAUGUUUGAGCAGGGAGCAGCGCAAAGUUGGCUGGCAUUGUGGCGAAAUAUGAUCACAUCACGAUCAAGUGCAACGGUGCAUCGCGCUGCUUCAAAUUACCGUUAUGGCUUGUCACGAACACUACUCGGAUGGCCAGGAGAAAUUUUCGCGGAACGCGGAUGGCUCAUGUGGACUCCCAAAAUCGUCCGGAAUCAUUCAGGAGGAUUUCCAGACCGAAACCCUCAAAAUCCGGAUUCCAGGUGAAAACAUCCGGAAUGUACCUGACAUUCCGGAUGUUUACCCUUGACGUCACGGAAAGUAAUUGUCCGAAAACUGUCCGGGAACAAACAACCCUGGCAGAAAUGGGUGUGCUUCGGGAAUGGCCAUUCGGACAGUUUUCCGAAUGAAGGUAUGACUCAUCCCGGACAGUUUUCGGACAGUUUUCGUGCACACUCGGGAAACCCAAACGUCGGUAAACAGUCCCAAAAAUGCCUGUAACCUGCCCAAAUUGGCCCAGUGCAUUACGGCGUACAGUUCUGUAGCCAUGGUAAUCGUUUUCAGAACGUUGUAUCAUAUAGAUAUAAUGAUUUCAACCCUACCAAACAAUGCAACCAAUAAAUAAAACACACAAACCACAAUCAUAUCCACUGAUCCCCAAAGACAACACCAACCAGAACCAACCCCAUAACAGACACCGCCACCCCAUCGGUUUAAACAAUACUAACACACGCGAUGGCCACAUGACACUACGGAAGCUUCCGGGCCACGCCCGCCGCUGCUGGCCGAGCGGAACCAGCUCCCGCCACCGAGACAGGCUUGAGCGCAGAGAAGGCGCUCUCAUGGACGUAGAGGCCGUAAUCACCCCACUUGAAGGCGCUCCAUCGCCUCUCAUACCCCCUCUCCUCAACCCUCUGGCUACGAAGGAAUGAGUCCACUGUCGCAGUCACGAGCUCUGCAAGUCCAGCCAGGGCUGCUGCAUUCUUUUUUGGCGACUUCGAUAGGUGCAUGCGAUCAUCCUUGAACCAGCGCAUGCCCCAGUCAACCUGCAUGCGCGUGGUCAACAUUUGGAGAAGAGGAGGCACGGUGGUUAGGGGGAAAGGGUUUAAAAAGUUUAAAAACCAGCGAGCCAGGAUACUUGGAUCCCUGGACCAACCGCCCAUCAGCCAUAAACAGGCAACAGCCCAUAAACACCCUGCCGGAAAGGUGCGCAAUGGUAACUCACCGACAGCAACACCCAUGCCAUGUGGCAUGGGUGCAGAACGAGCUUCCCCUCGACCUCCCAAUCACCAAACGCGGCAACCGCGGCUUGAAAAAAGACGCGCCCCGCGAGCGGCCGCGGGUCAUUGCGCCUGCUAGACCAUGUGCUCACCAACUCCCCUCGGUGACGCUCUGCCAGGAAUCUUGGACCAUGGAGCGCGUGGAUACUAAAGAACAGUUCAAGCGGCCACAUAAUGCUAAGGCCCGUACAUAAUUGGAGGGAAGGGAGACGAACACGCCCCACAUGGUCGAAACGAACGAGUGCAGCCAUGUGGGCGGAGGGUGUGUGACAUGGGAUCAGCGGAUAAGAGGUGGUGGGUGUGUGAGGACAGCGGCGAGGAGAAAAAGUGGAGAAUGCGGCAGUGGAU